AUGCCAGCUAACCCUGGCAUGCCGUGUCUCCGCUGUCAUAAAUCAGGCAAGCUUUGCAUUGAUGCCGCGAGCCAACCAGGGAAGAGACAACGCCAACUCAACAACCGCAUCCUGGAGAUGGAAUCGCGAAUUGAAUUGCUGUUGUCGUCCGCAGAAGUGCAGGACAGCGCUGUCCGUUCGCCUUCAGAAUUGUCGCACAACACCCAACAACAUGAUCGGAACCCGUCCAUGGGAUCUGUGAUAUCGUUCAAUGGUGGGUCUGCCCGGCACCAGUCCGGAAGUCGCGAGUGGCAUUCAUCGCUAACAUGGCCAACCAUCCGUCUGCCUGGCAUACAAUUGUGGCUGGAUGACAACAUAACAGACCUGGAUGAUCGUACCACGGAAACAAUAUUCAGUCGUUAUGUGACCAACAUGGCGUCCACAUUCCCAGUCGUCGUCUUUCCACCAGGCACCACAGCGGCUGACGUCCGAAGUAAUAACCCUGUUCUUUUUCUAGCGAUUCUCGAUGUGGCAUCGUCGGGAUUCUGUGCGCUUGAAACUCAGAGGAAACUCCGGAAGCUGAUUGUUCAGGCCUAUGUACAUUGCAUGCUCCGAACCGAACAGUAUACUCUCGGAUUGCUCCAGGCCUUGAUUGUGUCUGCCACAUGGUAUCGCACGAUUGAGCCUGUCAAGCCUGGGGAACAGAUGGACAUCUACCAGAUUAGUCACACCGCAGCCAAUAUGGCCCUGAUCAUGAGAUUAGGGGAGAGUUUGAACGCCAAAUCUUGGGGCGGCCCCAUGUUUCCCCGGCGGGAGAAGAAAAAGGGUCCUGGCAGCGCCUUCCAGGCGGAGUCGCUGGAAGCUCGGCGAGUGUGGCUAGGGUGUCACUAUAUUUGCUCGAAUACCUCCAUGUCCCUCCGCGCCCCGAACGUCAUGAGAUGGACCCGUCUGAUGGACGAAUGUCUGGAGGUAUUGGAAACUUCCCCAGUGGCCCUUCCAUCGGACAGGCUUCUGUGUCAGCAUAUCCGGCUGCAGCAUAUAACUGAAGAAUUUGUGAUGUAUUUAUCCACGGAAGAGACUUCUGCUCCUGAGAAAUCACGAGCGAUCCGGAUCCAGGUGACCCAUCGUGCUUUCAAACGGCAGCUCAAUGAAUGGCGCAGAGACGUUGCUGAUGGUUGGGAUGUGGUCCACUGCACAGCGAUGAGUGAUGAUGUUUCCCUUGAAGAUAACACCCAGCGCUUGACGCCACCACCACUGAUCAUGGCGAUCGAGCCACAUGCAAUUACCGAGUUUAUGGAAACGAUAGACAACAUCUUUCGAGUGUUCACCUCGCUGGAUAUGUCAACCAUUCGAGCCCUACCCACAGUGUACCUGAUUCGGAUAAUCUAUACAUUCAUCAUCCUGGUCAAACUAUACUUCGCGGCAGCCAAACUACCAACUCAGGACGCUGUGUUGCAAGUUGACCAACUCAAGGUCUCUGAGCGCCUCAAUCGCGUUAUCCAGAUGACCGCGGGAUGGGGCCCUUUGUGGCCCGCUACGAAACUAACCACCGUGUUCAUCAGAAUGCGGUCGUGGAUUGAAAGCGGAGAAGAGGGCAAUCGCCAGAGGUUGCAGCAGGCCGGGUCGGGGCUCACUGUGUGGGAGUUUAAACCCCCAUCCCAUAGACGAGACGCGCACGCCAUGAACAUGGUCGAAGCCGCCUUGGAUGAUGGAUCAAUAGUCGCUUCCAGUUCACGAGGUCCGGCGUCCUGGGUUCCAUCGCUGGCGUCCACGGAUGUGGAUACUCUGGCCUUUUCGCUUGAACCACCCCUCGGCACUGAUUUCUCGAUUGCCCCUCCACCUUUCCAGUCAAUGUCCCGGGCUACCGAAUCUUGUUUUCCUCGGAAGGAAGGCCCUGAUUUUAUGCAGGAGGAGGAUGUACCGCUUGCGGCAGGUCAACGACUCGGUGACCUCCCGGAUAUAGAUCAGAUGGACGACUCUGCGUACGUCGGUAUGGACUGGAGCCAAAUCUCAAACAUGGGCUUUGACUUGUACAAUUUAGACGCGCCAUUCUCCCCAAUUCCUCCUCCUGGCUUUGAUCCAGACGCAGCAAUGCAGGAGACUUUCUCAGAUAGAAACAAAUGA